AUGCAACCAACAUACCCACGAUCCCUGUGGAAGCUUUCCACUCUCCAAACGCUCCAAUUGCUACUUGCGCAGAACGUUGUGCCCCAAGUCGUAGGCCGACCUGCUCCGAUAUCACAGCUCCUCGUUAUCGUCGUUCCAGCGCAGAAUGGAGCUGGGUCGCCAGUGAUGACGGCGUGGCAGUUCACCGUCCUCGCGGCGGGGCCUACCACUGCAUGA